UAUAUAUCAGUCAAAUUUGGACUCUUUUCCAUGAAAAUGAGGUAGUAACUCUUAAAAUUAACUGCAUGUAAUGUAUUUUGCAUGAUGAAAAUUUAUGCAUACCUGAAGCAAAUCCAUCUAUCUUUGACCAACUUAUAAGGUAACCUAAUACCAAAAAAUCAAUAAGCUGGAUCACUUCCAAUCAUGAUUCACUUCCAAUCUUCCGAAGCAAAUGCGGAACAUAGAACUAGGUAUCAGUUUCAAACUGAUUAUGAGCUUCUGAAACAGAAUUAUUGGAUAAAGGAGACUCAAUCAGAAAGACAUAGCUUCAAGAAAAUAAUUACAAUGUGACAUCCCCAAAAUCACGGCCAGAAAAGACCGAUUUUGUUUAUGCUUUAUAAAAAUCAGAGUACUUCAUUUUAUAAAAAGGUUGCGGAAUUUGUUCCCAGAAAAACAUGGUAAAUACGUUAUUAAAACAUUUUUGAAGAAACGUAUUUAUUUCAUUUUAAAAUGUUUGGGAUGUCAUCGUUAAUACCGAAACAUAAGCAUAAACAGAACUUACAAUGAUUUACACUAGUGAUCUACAUCUCUUUUAAAUCUCUCAGUGCAAUGUCACUUCACUUCGUCACCUGUGAUAUACAUAAACUGAGUGGGUCAGGUUGGGAAACCUGGUGAGUACAUAGGGUUUUCAACCCACAAUAAUAUAAUUAUUAUGUUCAAUCAAACAAUCAACCCAAUUACCCAUCCCCAUUAUCUUCUUUACUCUUUAAGGAUUUAACCUAAGAGUCAUCUAUCCUGCAUUCGUUUAUUCCGAAGUCCCUUACUUCCAGGGUUAUGGGACUGGCACUAAAUCCAUAGCUGCCAAUGUUCGUUCAUAAAGCACUAAUUCCAUAGCUGCUAUAGUCUAUUCAUCGGGUACUAAAUCCAUAGCUACCAGUCUUUAUCUAAUAGGUACUAAGUCCAUAGCUACCAAUGUUCAACAGGUACUAAGUCCAUAACUACCAAUUCCUACAGGUACUAAAUCCUUAGCUACCAGCGUCUAACUAAUAGGUACUAAGUCCAUAGCUACCAAUUCCCAACAGGUACUAAAUCCAUAGCUACCAACGUCUAAAAGGUACUAAGUCCAUAGCUACCAGUGUUUGUCCCAUAGGCACUAAGUCUAUAGCUGCCAAUGUAUACUCACGUCAUCUUCUAUCUCUCAUCAUUCAUCUACCCAUCUCAUACCCAACAUUUUUGUAUAUAUAAAAUACGUAUACAGUUUAAGUCCUUUAAAACAUGUAUAAAACGUUCAACCAACAUAGACAACAAGUAUUCAGAUAAUGUGCACACAUAGCACGUAGUUUAUAUAAAAUACUUCAUAUCUAUGUGUAAGAUGAAAGGGACUAUGCACUCACCUGAAAGGUGGUGAGUCGGCACUCGGACAACACUUCGUUACUCUUAAAACAAUUAUCCCUUGACGAAACCUAGUAUCAUUACCACUAGAGUUUAGUCUAACGCUUGACGAGACUAAUUUAAUAGUCUAGCUAUUAUUACUAUUAUAUAAGCGUUAAAUAACACUCAAUAUAACUCAUAAUAAUAGCCUAAAUAAUUAUUUUAAGGUCCUAACAAUGUUACUAUAAUUAAAUAAAAUCUAUAUUAAAUAUACUAUAGGCGUAGCUCACUUACAGCGGGUUUUUAUUAAAAACCAGGCUUCGCUGGAGCAGCGUUUCCGAGCCGAAAUCUUUUCUUCUCGGAGCCGUCGGGCGCUCCGGGGAUUUCUUCUCGUGAUAGGGAGGUUCCCUAGACUUGGGAGGGGUUUAGGGAGGUUAGAGAGAAGUUAGAGAGAGAAAGAAAGGCUUAUGGUGUGAAGAAAAUAUGAGGAGUUCACCCUUGUAUUUAUAGGAAGUGUAUAGUAAAGUAGUCUCCAAGCUUCGUCCGUAACUUUUGCAUACGAGCUCCGUUUUUGUCUGUCUUUUUACUGUUGAGUUCCUAUUAAUGAGAUCUUCAACUUUCAUUUAGACCUCGUUGGCUAAUUCUCAUUCUAUCUCGGAUUUACAAAACUGUAUCAAAUUCGCCGCGCUCGAAAAGUAGGGACUAAGCUUCGUCCAUAACUUUCGCAUACGAGCUCCAUUUUUGUCUGUCUUUUUACCGUUGAGUUCCUAUUAAUGAGAUCUUCAACUCUCAUUUAGACCUCGUUGGCUAAUUCUCAUUCUAUCUCGUAUUUACAAAACUGUAUCGAAUUCGCCGCGCUCGAAAAGUAGGGACUAAGCUUUGUCCAUAUCUUUCGCAUACGAGCUCUAUUAUCGACGUUCUUUAUUUCCACGCGUUGGUAUUUACGAGUACUAUAACUUUCAUUUAGAUCCCGUCGGCUAAAAAUCGACCGAUCUAAAAUUCAGAUUUCGGGCUGUGCACUGCUAUGCUAAAUCUUAGAAAAAUCAUAACUUCCUCAUACGAAGUCAGAUUUGGGCGUUCUUUUUAUCGAUGUUCUUAGUUUAACAUAUUCUACGACUUUCGUUUAGAUCGCUAAGGCUAAAUCUCGCUCUAUCGUAAAUUCACUAUUUACGCUUCCCGGUAUCGUGCCGGUUCCGUCGCGAAACUUCAACGGGUCAUAACUUCUUCGUUAUAACUCGGAUUUCGGCGUUCUUUACAUGUACGAAAACCUUGUAACAUACUCUACAACUUGGUUAAGAUUAUUUAUUCUAAAUAAUCUUUUGUCGAAAAGUCGUUUUCGACCCCUAUUGCCUCUAAUUUGACUAGCCCGGAUUUGCGGGCGUCACAUACAAUUUCAGAAGAGCAUGAUAAUCUCAUAUGACUACAUAACAAAAAAAUAUUUACCGUUUCCUUGUGAUGUGGUGCACAUUUUUUUUACUAAACGUAGUGACAAGCUGCCAACAAUCCCUUGAACAUGUUCGAUACUUGUUCCCUUGGACAAAAUAUUCUUGAUUGCAUCUUCAGGGAAAGGACAAAGAGAAGAUAAUAAGAAUAGAGCAUAGGUUUUAAAUGGAAAUAUGCAAGGGUUGACUUCAAAAUGAAACAAAAAGGAGAUACCCAAAAUAAGGUCUACAACUUGGUGAGACCAAUUUGCAAAAUUAGCAUAAUCUAGCUGCAACAAUAGCACACGCAGAAAGUAAAAGGUGGAAGAUAAGACUUGCUUCACAUAGUCGGUAGAAUAAAAAGAAUGAAAAAUGGGAAGAAUUCAAUUAAUUAACAAAACACUCUUACAGAUGAAAUAGUAUCACAUAACUCCACAAGAAAAUCAGCUGAAGACUUAUGCUGUUCAAUCUCCUCAUCAUUAUGCUCUGCAAAUGCAAACGGUAUACACAAUCAAGUUGCAUUUUCCCGGAGUAAUAAGAUAAUGGAAAGUUAAAUAACAUACGGAAGCCCUAAAUUAAGAACAUAAUUUAGAUGAUAAUCGUAGUAAUCCAACAUGAUCCUUGUGUGGAAUUGGAACCCUCACCUCUUCUUUUUCUUCUUUCUUUCAGUCUCAUUGCAACACCAAUUCCAAAAAUUACCAAAAAAACACUGCAGAUGAUAAUUUGAGUUGAUGCCAUACUAGCAAUGAAGGCAUUGUAUUGGUGAGCUGUAGUGAAGCAUCAACCGGAAAAGAUGAUGACAAUGGACCCGUACAAAAAUUACCAAAAGAACCCUAGUCCAGUGUUAUUUAGGUCAAAUAAAGUAAAGAGGCAUAUAUACCAACACUAAAACAUCAUUCAGUAGCUUCAUGAACAAAAACGAAAACACAAUUACAAACAAAGAAUUUAACAAUUGUGUAAACGGAGAUGGAAAAGAAAGUUUAUAUGGAAAAACAUCAAAUAUAAUUUCACCUGGAAGCGAAUAUUAGAGUAGGAGAUGGAUGUUGCAAUAAAUGAAUCCUCUGAAUUCGACAUUCCUCUCAAAAAGCAGAAAAUUAGUUGUAGGUUAAGAAAAAAAAGUCAGUCUUCUCCAAUGUCGUUCUUUGUUGACGAAGGAAUUGAAAGCUACCAAUUAAAUGGAGAAGAGAAAUGAGAAAUUAUGCCAGUAACUAAAUUCGUUGCUUACCUUUCAUUUUUGCACAUUAUGAUCAUACCUUGAACGACCUGGUAACGACGAACAUAAUGGUCGACAAAAGAACCACCAGAGAAGGCGAGAAGCGAAAAAGGCUGAUGAAAACCGACAACCAGCGGCGGCGUAGGGUAGCCAUGUGGUGGUAGAAGUGGCGGCGGCGAUAGUUGUGGCUGUGACGUUUGCGUUCAACAGAGGUUGGGGUGUGAAGCAUUUUGGCAGAAUGAAAUCGAUCACCAUGUACAUGCUUAGAUGAAAUCGAAGGAAGGAACGGCGGAAGCAAACGUAAAAACCUAAUUUGAAGGUUAGGAGGUGUAAUCUAAGGAAAGGUGGGACAUUUGAUUGGAAGAUAAUGCGGGGAGUCGAUGGGAGGAGCACAGCAUGUCCAAAAGGGCAAAACCAUAGCAGAGGAAGAGAACACGAGAGUAUGCAUUGACCAGGGACGAGACCAAGGACUAAGCUGUCAAUCCUCAAAAAAUAUCAUGCCUUAAUGAAAACAUCACAACUACAAGGACAAAAUGUGACAAAAUCUUCAAAAUCAUAUGGCUAAUGUGUAAAACUGAAAAAGAAUGUUUAAAACUGAGAAAAUUAUUGUUGCUAACUUGUUCCACUUUUAAGAAUAAGUAAAAAACUUAUUUUUUAUAUAUAUAACAAAGUAAUGAUAAUAAGAAUAGAUAAAAAACUUAUAAUAAUAUAUAAAGAGUUUUGUUAAUCAUAAUUAAAUUAUAAUCAUAACACAAUUAAAAACAAUAUUUUUUUUUGUAAAAUAUUUUUUUAUUUUACUACGGAAGUAUAUUCCAUAACUAAUUGACUACGAAAUAUUCCGUAAUCAAAUAGCUAUGGAUUUAGACUCUGUAGCUAUUUUACAAAUUCAAAAACAACUUAGAUACACAAAUAACAACAGCUAACAUUUCCAUUACAAGUUACGUUGUAGAUUAGCUAUAGAUUUUUUUUGUAGCAAAUUUUCGUCACAAAGUAGCUACGAAUUUCUAGUAUGUAGCAAACUAGCUACAUAUUUUUAUUCCGUAACCGAUUUUGUAGCCAACUAACUACGAAAACGGAUUACGUAACAAGUUCCGUAGCAAACUAGCUACAACCAACAACAAUGUAGUAUAUUUCAUAGUAAAAUAGCUACAAGUUUUGAUUUUGUAGCAACAAUUCAAGAUUUAGCUACGGAAAUGCAACUCCGUAACGAUUUCCGUAAAAAAAUAACUACGGCCAACCAUUUUGUAGCAUAUUCCGUAGUAUAAUAUCUACAGAGUUUGAUUACGUAGUAACUUUUUGUAGUUAUUCAUAGUUUAGCUACGGAAUGUAACUUCGUAGCCAUUUCCGUAGCAAAAUAGCUACAAUAAGCCAUUUUGUAGCACAUUCUGUAAUAGAAUAGUUACGGAUUUCAAUUCCAUAGCAAGUUUUCGUAGCUAUUUAGGAUUUUUCUUGUAGUGGUAUGUCCAAGGAGUUGGUAUCACAUUGCAGCGCUUGUGGUGAAAAAACAUCAAGGGACCUUCUACCAAUGCACCACGUGUUUGUGGUACUCCAUCCUCUUAGAUUGUGCUUUGUUGCCAGCAAAGUUACUUAUCCAACAACAUACUGAUGCCACUUUCACUCAUUCUCAUCCACUUACCCUUGCCUAUUCCUUUCCUGAAGUUGAUCAGAAAGCUAAGUAUAAUCCUAGAUGCAGAGUUUGUAAGAAGUACUUUGAUUGUUACUUAUGGCUUUACAAAUGCGAUAAAUGUCAAUAUUAUGCCCAUAUUAAUUGUGCAACUUCAAAGACAGAGCCAUUUAUGUCAAUCUUCUUACACCCAGGUGGUGGCAAGACUUAUAAAAAUUUCAAAGACGAUGAUUAUCCUAAUCUUCUCCACUGUCCAUUUCCGGAUGAAAGUUACAACCUUCUCAGACACUAUUUUAUAACAAAUAAGAAAGAGUUUAUUACUAUGAUUAAAGAAGAAGAGCAUGGCGGUGAAAUGCUCAACCAUUUUAGUCAUCAACACCCACUGAUUCUUUUAGAUACACACGCGCGACAAACAUCAGUACUUGGAAACAAAUCAAUUGUUCUCCACGACCCCAUGAAGAAAAUUCAAGUAUUAUGUGACGCUUGUUUGAAACCAAUUACGGAAAUGCCAUUUUAUAAGUGUUCUGAAAUAAGUAGUUGUGGUUUUGUUCUUCAUGAGUGGUGUGCCAGGCUACCUUCCCAAAUACAACACCACCCGGGCCAUCCAGAGCAUGUGCUUGUUCUCAUGUCAAAGAACCCUCAGCGGUUAAUGGGUUUAUUUUUCUGUUACAGUUGUCGUUUAUAUGGCAAUAGUUUCGCAUAUGGAUGCACUGCAUGUAACUAUUAUGUGGAUAUCAAUUGUGCAUUCCUACCUAAAGAAAUCGCACACGAAGCUCACCCAGGCCAUCUCCUCUCAAGAAUCGAUGCUUCUCCAGCUGAUGUAUCAAAAAAAUUAUGCAAUUCAUGUUAUUGUUACUUGACAAAUUGCAAUAUCGCUUUCCAUUGCCCCUCUUGUGAUUUCUACUUGGAUACAGAGUGUGCCUUGUUGUUGCCUGGAAUGAUGAGGCACAAGUUUGAUGAUGUUAUUAUUCAUUUUGCCUGUUUAAAACACCAAAAGAUUUUUUCUGUUGGGAUUACCUUGCUUUAGUACACAACAAUAUGAUUUUGUCAUUCUUUGAAUGUUUUACAAAAGACUUCAUCCAUGUUUUGAUUUGAAUUACCGAAGCACUUUGUUUUCUAUGUUUUGAUGCCAAUGAACCAUAAGACUUAGCAAUAUGCAUUUGUUUCUGAUUGGAAUGGGAAUUGUAUCAUCACAAAGAC